UUUUUCACUGACACAAAGUAAAAAGUAAGAAAAAAAUUAACUUCACACACUCUGUAGCAGUUAAGAACCAGUAGUAUUUGGAGUGACAAUUGUAUGGGUGCUUGCUGAAAUCCUCUUGUCAAAGUCAUACAUCACCCUCAAAAGUCUACUGCUGUACGUAUGCCUCCCCUCAAAGGAGGCCCCUCCCCCCUUUCCAAAACGUGUUUCUUUGUCUUCUUUCUUGUAUUUUGGACUUUUUUCCAGGAGUGAGUAAUUCUUGGUUGCUGCGCAUCCUUGGUUAAUUAAUGCACAGUGCAAAACUGCAAAUCAAAGUGUUCAUGGUCGACACACAAAGUGCCAAUUGCUAUCUAAGUAAAAUCGAGGGGAAUAGAACCAUUUCUGCUAGCUCUUAACUUAUUGGAUCCAGAAGUUGAAGCUAAGUGUUGUCAUUUUCAGGGUGGACAGAGCAGGAGACAUUGAUUUGGACCUAAAUGACAAUAAUCUUUUUUCUUGUCCUACAGGAUUGCACCCUCUUGGCAACUACUUAACUCAAUAACUCAUCCCUAUAAAAGAGAGCUGCUAGGACAUGUUUUUGCAAGGUUUCACAAUUCUGCCAUAUAACAUCUUAGACUUGAGUUAAGUGGUGAGAUAUAUUAAAGUUUCAAGUUUAAGUAAGAUGGCUAUGUUACCAAGCAAGCGCCUAGUUCUGAUUACUUUUAUGUUGCUUUGCUUCAUCUCCAUCACAGCCAGAGCCAGAAAUUUGAGAGAGACUAAGGAUGGAGCUGAGAAGGGUCAAAGUAGUAUGUUUAAGCCUAACCAUGAAGGGGCACACGAAAGAAGUGAUGAUGACUUGGACACAAUGGACUACACACCUGCAAAAAAGAAUCCUCCUAUCCAUAAUUGAAGUCCCAGCAUCUUUUUCUUUCUUAGAAUUUUUUUGGCAGAAAAAGCACCAAUCCACAGUGCUAAAUUACCCUGCAAUUCUAUCUGUGGACUUCAAUCAAUGUAUAUCAAUCACCACCUUGUGUUGAGAUAGUGCUGCCAAAUCAUAUAUAUAUUUAGGACUCACGUGUAAAUAGUUUUUGAAGUUAUGAGAAUGUGAGGGGGAACAUAUACUGGAGUUUCCAAAAAGUUUUGAGCACCAUCCUCUGAAAAUUCCUUUACAGAGGUACUAGUCACCACAAAUAUAGCUUAAUCAAGACCUCUACUUCAAGUAGUUAGAACAAUCGUACGCUAGUUUGAUGAACACACAGUCGCGCACUUUGUGGUAAUAAAAAGCAAUUUUUUCACA